AUGGGCUGCUGCUCGGCGCGAUGCAUGCUGAUCCUCCUGUGUUGUCUGCAGUUGAUAAUGGCGCUGGAGAGGCAGGUGUUUGACUUCCUGGGCUACCAAUGGGCUCCCAUCAUGAUCAACUUCUUCCACAUCAUCAUGGUCAUCCUGGGCCUGUUUGGUGUCAUCCAGUACAGAUCACGCUUUGUUGUUAUGUACCUGCUGUGGACGUUGUUGUGGGUCGGCUGGAAUGUCUUUGUCAGCUGUCUCUACUUGGAUUUGGGAGGCCUUUCAAAGGACAGUGACAUCCUCUCUCUGGGAGUAUCGCCGCAUCGCUCCUGGUGGAAGGACAACGGGCCGGGGUGUGAGAGCGACGGCCUUCCCUCCGCCGGGUGGCAGAACCAGCAGAACCAGCAGAACCCCGAGCUGACCACAGUGCUGAGCUGCUGGCUGGAAUACCAGUACAUCGAAAUCCUGCACUGCAUCGCCCAGCUCCUCGUAUCACUCCCGGGAUUUGUUUAUGCCUGCUACAUCGUCAUCACUUUCUCAGAUGAAGAAGACAGCUUUAAUUUCAUUGAUGAUUUGUAUCAUCCAUCCAAACCCUCUCAGUUGCUCUUCUAG